AUCUCUAACCCAAGUUGAUCAUACACACAACACUUCUUUGGUGAGCAACACCAGAAAAAAGAGAAAAAAAGGAAAAAAUGGAUACAACUUAUGUUGUUGGGUUGAUAUUGGGAUCUAUUUUUGUGGUGCUUAUUCCGAGGAUCUGGAGCGUAUUGGCAUCUGUGCUGUGGAGGCCGUACGUAAUAAGUAAAAAGUUUAGGGAGCAAGGGAUCGAGGGGCCCGAGUACAAGUUAUGGGUAGGAUCAACUGAGGAGAUCAAGAGAAUGAAAAGAGAAGCUCAGGGGAUUGUGUUGGACAUACACUCACAUGAUUUCACCACAAGGAUUUUGCCUCACUAUCCCAAAUGGAUUUCGCAAUAUGGAGGAACCUUCUUGUUUUGGUUUGGACCAAGACCAACUUUGGCAAUCACCAACCCUGACAUGGUGAAGCAAGUGCUCUCCAACAAGUUUGGGUUCUACGCCAAAAAUGAUCCCCACCCAAACAUACAAGCUCUCUUGGGGAAGGGUUUGGUCCUUACAAAUGGCCAAGAUUGGGCUCGCCACAGGAGGGUGGUGAACCCUGCUUUCACCAUGGACAAGCUCAAGAUGAUGACUACGAAAAUGGCGCAAAUAGCUCGAUCCAUGAUGGAGGAGUGGGAGACGCAGAUGAUCCAAAAUGAGAACAAGGAAGCAGAAGUAGAUCUAAGCUUGCAGUUUCAGGAGUUGACUGCAGAUGUGAUCUCCCACACAGCUUUUGGAAGCAGCUAUAAAGAAGGAAAAGAAGUCUUUCUUGCACAAAAAGACCUUCAGAUUCUAGCCAUGAACAACAUUCUCAAUGUCCAAAUACCAGGGUUCAAAAGUGUGGUGACAAUGGUUCUCUUUGAGACCCUGAGGCUGUACGGUCCAGUGGUUCAACUACAAAGGAAAACAGCCAAAGACAUGGAGCUGGGGGGCCUGAAGAUCCCCAGAGGCACCGUGGUCGCUAUGCCGAUCAUGAUGAUGCACCGCGACAAGGUGGUGUGGGGCGCCGACGCCGACAAGUUCGACCCGUCGAGGUUCGAGAACGGGGUCUCGAGGGCCGCCAACCACCCGAACGCGCUGCUUUCGUUCUCGAUCGGCCCCAGGUCGUGCAUCGGGCAGAACUUCGCGAUGCUGGAGGCGAAGACCGUCGUCGCGAUGCUGCUGCAGCGCUUCUCGUUCACCAUCUCUCCCAAGUACGUGCAUGCGCCGAACGACGUGCUAACGCUGCAGCCAAAAUUUGGGCUCCCCACAGUGUUGAAGCCCCUGCAUGUCUAAGAGAUGUGGAUACAUAUAACUAUAUAUAUAUAUAUAUAUAUAUAUGAAUGUUGGUAAUAGUA